UAAAAUAAUAGUAAGAAGGUCAGUGCUAGUAUUAUAUUAUAUUAAAUAAUAAACGAAUUAGUAAAUUUCGAAACAUAUUAAUAUACACUUAGACUUCUCUACUGUAACCAAACUAGCCUCAAAAAUGUCUGAAGAAACAGAUUCUAACAAAACAAUUAAAACCGAAACGUUCGAUGAUUAUCCUCAAGUGAAACAGGAACUUGAUGAUUAUGAUGCGUCAGAUUUGACUAUGGAUGAUGAUAUAUGUCUGCAGCAAUUUCUAAAAUCUGAGGUUACAAUUGACGAGAAAAUAAAACAAGAGACGAUUGAUGACCAAGAUGACGUGGCUAGUACAAACAAAACAAAAUUGUUUUUAGAUGAAAAUUCUUACAUAUGUGGUGAAGAGAUCAGUGAAUCAAGUAAUUUAGUGGAUAGUACGAACAAAUCAUUUGAAAAAGUUUCAGGCAAAAGGGAAACAACUAAAAACUUGAAAUCAUAUAAAUGUAAAUCAUGCAGUAAAAUAUUCACAAUGAAAAAUAGCUUGAAGAGACAUGAAGCGAUUCACUCUGGGGAACGGCCUCAUGAGUGCAAAAUAUGCAAAAAAAGAUUUUUACAGUCAUAUAGAUUAAGAGAGCAUUUAUCAGUGCAUACUGAAGAAUGCCCGUAUAUCUGUGAAAUAUGCUAUAAAAAAUUCAAAACAAAGAGAAACUUAAAUAAGCAUAAAGUGGUCCAUACUGGAAAACGGCCUCAUGAGUGCAAAAUAUGCAAUAAAAGAUUUACACAGUCUGGUAAUUUAAGAAAGCAUUUAUCAGUGCAUACCGGAGAACGUCCUUAUAUUUGUGAAAUAUGUAAUGAAAAAUUCAGAUUAAAAGAAUACUUAAAUCAACAUAAACUGGUUCAUACUGAAGAACGCCAGUAUGGACAUGAGUGCGUAAUAUGCAAUAAAAAAUUCAAACAAAACAAGUAUUAAAUCAACAUAAAAUAGUACAUACUGGA